AUGCCUCACCUCCUGUCCAUAGCGGCUGCGGCUGCGACCUUGCCCUCUACGUUGGCGGCAACUCUGGAUCUACCUAUCCACUUUUUCAACAGCUAUGCGAAUGUGGAGGUAGAGAUUGGCACACCCGCCCAACCCUACAUGCUCCAUUUCGAUACGGGAUCGUCGACCGCAUGGAUGAACGACAAGAACUGUAGCGACGCUUGUCCUAACACCUCUGGACGCGAACGCGCAUACUAUGAUGUCUCGGCCUCUUCCACCGGUCACUCUCGUGGCGCCCGCGCCAGCAUGGACUACUUCGGAGGAGUGACCGCAGGCCCAACCUAUGAUGAUAAAUUCGGCGUUCCCGACGGGGACUUCACGUGGACACAGUCUUUUCUGUCCGCCGACCAGAGCUCCUGGAAUAAUCUGGGCUCGGAUGGAUUCAUGGGAUUGGCUUUCAACUCGAUUUCGGACGGAAACACCACUACCGUCGUGGAGACCUUGAUGCAGCAGGGCAAGCUGGACGAGAGCCGUUUCGGUAUUUACUACGGCAAGGAGUUCAACAGCACCGGCUCCAACCCCGAUGGCGUUCUCACCAUUGGCGGCUCGCGCGAGGAAAAGUAUGUUGACGGGGAGAUCACAUAUGUGCCUCUCCGCUACGAAACUCCCUACGAGGUCUGGCGCACAGUGCUGAGCUCCAUUACCGGCACGACCGAGAAAGGAGGAAAGAAGCAGUCUGCCAGCAACAGUCUGGGCAUGUACGGCAACGCGGUUUUUGACACCGGUGCCGGGUCAAUCUCUGUGCCCAACAGCAUCAUCGAUGAGAUCUACGAGUCCAUUGGCUGGGACUAUGACGCAAUUCUUCACGGCAAGCAUAUGCCCCUUUGCUCGGAGUUCAACUCGUCUUGGUCUUUCACGUUCAACUUCGGUGAUGGUGCACUUGACCCCAAUUUGACGAUGACUGGUGAUCAGUUCGCCCGCCCUGGAUUUGCUUACAGGGAUGAUGCCUGUUACCCUCCCUUCGAGGGUAGUGAUAAUGAGGGCAUGGCACUCAUUGGAACUCCUCUGAUGCAGCAGUUCUAUACUAUCUUUGACUUUGGCGGAGACCAUGCCGAUGACUUCCAUCCCCGGAUUGGAUUUGGUCAGCUUAAGAAGGAUGUGAAGCCUUAG